AUCUCACCACCCCUGACUUCUUCUCUUCCGUUCUGCUCUUAAUCAUUUCGCACAGGGGCCCUUUCCUUUUCCCUUAUAUUCUUCCAACACGAACUCGAAGCUGUCAGGCAGGAGAGGAAACCGACCGACCAUAUUAUCUACGAAUACGUCACAAAAACUAUCCAGUCGGUCCAAACGAACACAGAUCAGGGUGAUAAGUUUAAUGUUCUGAAGCAUCUUCUAUUUUUGAGAUCAUGAGUACCCCGACAACCAGUGACGCGCCUGCCAGCUGCGCCCAAACUGCCGGGCAAAAGCGACCUUCACGCGAGAAGCAGCUAGCUGCAAUGACCUCGCGGGCAAAGGAACUGCAAAAGCAACAUCCUUCGGCCGAUCUCAAGCUCGAACAGAAAUGGUGGGUGCCAAGCGUGGAUUUCGGCAUCUACAUGCAGGAUGCUCUUCCAGAAGACUUACGCGCCAAGUUCAACGCCAUCUUUGCAAAGCUCAUGCAAAACAAGUUUGCCCCUGAGGCCGUAGCCGAGGCGCGACAGCAAUCGAGGGAGCUGCUCCAGGCAGAGUAUCCCGAGGCGCUGGAGAGGGUGGAGGAGACGGUCUUUAAGCAUGAAACGCGUUUUGCAGCGGUGCAUUGUCAUCUGCAGGCGGUUGGCCCGGUUGCGUGUUCGGGCGGAGAUGCUGAGAGGAAGGAGCUGUAAUCACCUUAGCCUGUAGGUGCUCGUUUUUGUUUCUCGGCCGUCGAAUCUUUUCGGCUUGACCGUGCUGGUAGUUGCAAGUGGCCUGUCCUUUAAGAGAUUUAGCGAUGACUAUGCACGAAUCACCGGUCACUGCUCGGAACAGCAAGUUUCUCUCACCGGCAUUCUUAGCUGAGCCGAUUUUUGGCGAGAUGCAUCUAAUUAACCACAGCAGAACUUUACAAUGCAGGCUUCACUG